AAUUCUGGAAUUGAUAUACAAGUGCAUGUCUUCGAUUCCAAGAUCUUUCGGGCUUCCAACAUUCCUAACAUUCUUCUGCACCCCGCAUCAAGAACGUGAGAUAAUAACUAUCUCCUGGUCAACUCUAAUGUUUUGAUUCUUCCUAUUAAUACAAUAUCAAAACAAAAGCUAUAUACCAAGUAAUCAAGCUCCUAAAGGGGAAUAACUUCAUAUAUUCUUCCAUGGUAACCCGGGAUCACGAGGAACUUAAGAAUUCGAGGUAAACAUCCUGGGUAUGUGUAUCAUAAUAAAUAAUCAAUUUUACAAAUACCAGAGGCCGUCAUGAUGGAUAUAAAAUGGGCAAGAAGUCCAUCAAAUCGACAUCAACAGCAUCAGCAUCGACUUCGACAACAACUUUCCACAUCUCGGCAAACAUCACACCACUACACCAAACCUCCUCCAAAACCAAAGAUCACUCACAACAAACCAACACACAAAUCAUACAUAAGAAACCCCAUCCAAAAUGCAAUUCCGCAACACACUCUCCCUCCUCACGCUCCUCAUCACCUCCACCCAAGCCAUCCAAGUAACCUACGAUCCCGGCUACGACAACGCCUCCCGCUCCCUCGACCUAGUCGCCUGCUCCAACGGACCCAACGGACUCGAAACCCGCUUCCCGCAAUACAAAUUCCAAGGGGAUCUACCCACCUUCGCGCGCAUCGGCGGUGCAUCCACGAUCGCCGGCUGGAAUUCCCCCAAUUGUGGAACUUGCUAUAGUUUAACAUAUCAAGGUGUCACGAUUAAUAUUUUGGCUAUCGAUGCUGCGGCUAACGGAUUCAAUAUUGCCGAGAGUGCGAUGAAUACUUUGACUAAUGGGAGGGCGGUUCAAUUGGGUAAUAUUGAUGCUGAUUGGAUGCUUUUGACGCCGGAUCAGUGUGGGUUGCCUGCUGAGGGUGGGGGGUCGCCGUGUCGUGCUUAGGUUGAGGUAGGGGAUGAAAUGAAGAGGAAUUUGGGUGAAGCGUGGAAGGGUGGAGGUGGAGUGAUAGAGUGAUGGAGGAUGGUUUAAUGUAGUGGUGUGAUGAUUGGACCGAUGAUGGAUAGAUGGAUAUUCGGUCGAUUGUUGCACUGUUCGAUCUUUCAAAUUAACCUUUUUAAUUCUUUAAAAUAAUACUAUCAAUAAUCUUCUUCAUACUUGUUACUUGUUACUUGGUACUUUUUACGUGGCUCAUCUGUGUUCCAUGCAUGCUCAUCCAUACGAUCUGUUUCUUUUCCCAUCUAUAGCACGCCAGAAUUCACAAAA